AUGAGAAUUGACCUUACUUUAGCUUGCACUUUGGUAACAACCGUUGCGAAGACAAUUCUUCUUACGAAUGAUGACGGAUGGGCCUCAACAAACAUCAGAGCAGCAUAUAGAGACUUAACUGCUGCAGGAUAUGAUGUUGUGUUAGCCGCUCCUGUGUCUCAACGCUCCGGCUGGGGCGGUAGGUUCGAUGUUCCUCUGACUAAGGAUUUACUUACUGAUGGUGAAUUUGGCUACGUUAAGGCUGGUGCACCCUCUUGGGGUCAUGAGGACAACGACAGUAAUAUUUGGUACUUCAAUGGGACCCCAAGUUCAUGUGUUUCAUUUGCAUUAGAUUACCUUUUGCCAAAUUAUUAUGAUAACAAGACAAUAGAUCUUGUCGUAUCUGGUCCCAAUGAAGGUCCUAACUUAUCUCUGGGUUAUUAUACAGUCUCUGGAACCCAAUCUGCAGCAUACUAUGCCAUAUACAGAGGAAUUCCGGCCAUAGCAUUCAGUGGUUCGACAUUGAACAAUUCAUUCUUUAAGGACUCAUUGAGCAACGAUUCUUCGGACCCUUCGAAUGUUUAUUCUAAGAAGGUUGUAGAAUUGGUUGAUUUAAUACUAAAUUCAACUUAUGCUAUACCUUCAGAGACUGGCCUAGUGGUUACAUUUCCUCAGAACACUACGUGCGUAGACCCGGCCUGGGACUUAAGUAGAUUGAAUGGUGACGGUUUCUUUGCACCAAGUAUAACUUACAAUGAGAGUUCAGGGUUACUAGAAUUGGUCCAAAUCACCUAUUUUACUGAAGAGAGUUAUAAUUGUACAAAGGGAGAUUGCAGUUUGCAAUCUGACUAUGAGAUAUAUUUAGCAAAUAAGUGUGUUACAAGCGUUAGCGUAAUUAGUGUUGAUUAUGGUGCAACUCUUGAUACAAUUCAAAGUAUCAAGAAAGUUUUAGGAAAUGACUUUUGA